AGGGCUAAAAGUGUAGUGCAGUGCCGCUCCUCUGCCAUUUAAGCGAUCCAGUUCUUACUAGAAUCAAGCUUUACAUCUGAAUCCUAAAUAAUUAGAACACUCAGGACAUUCUGCCAGACUCCUAGGAAAGUCUUCUUCUGAACAAGGUCUUGCAGCGUGAUUUCUCGCAGGCGUAUUGAUCCUACCGCCAGCCAUGUCCAACAUCAGUGGAGUCUACGUACACGAGCGCGACGAGGGUGUCGAAGAAUUCUAUGAACAGAGAGGUGCCCACUUCCUUGCCGAAAAGAUGAUGGUGAAGAUGAGUCCUACAGUCACAAUUAAAGUGGACGACGAAGGAACUUACAGACUUCACACCAAAACUCAAGUAAAAAAUUUUGAAUGGAUAUUCAAGCUGGGCCAAGAAGUUUCCCUCCCCACUCCCGAUGGCACAAGAACGUUCAUUUUUGAAGUCGAUGAGAACGGAAAAUUGACGCAGACACCAACCGGCGAGUCGGCGAGCAUGGGAGUUCAGAUCGAAAGGGAGUUCUCUGACGACGGAAUGGUCAUGACUCUAAUGCACCUGGCAUCAGGAGAGAGUGCCAAACGCCAUUUUAGACGCAGCCAGUGACAAAGCAAGGAAUUUGACCCUGAGUCCUGAGGACGUAACUUCUAAAUGUACGAACACUCUUCCCGUCGCCGUGGCGAAACAAGAUGCCCAGGAUCCCCGUUCUAGUAUCAGUGCACAAUACAGGAUUUUCGGCCGUAACCCCACGACAGUUGAUCGUUUGAUCAAAGAAUGCAAGACGAUAUGCACGAUUGCAUCAAUUUAUCUAGGAUGAAUAAAGUGCCUCGUGUAGUUGGUGUUCACUUUUACACUACUUCUACUAGUGAUAUUUGUUCCAUCCAUAGAGUAAAAUUAUUGCAAGAUAUAUCGUUAGUUAAAUUAAUGUUACAGUUAUCCCUCAACCAUCUUAGAGUGUGUCUUAUUUCACUUUCAUGUUAGAUACCAUCGUGCCUAAUGACGUUCUCUUGUACGACAACAAGAGAUCUUUAAUUGGGAUUAUUCAAUCAAUGUCUUAACAGUGGGUCCGUAUAAUUCAUUCUAUUCUGUAAACAACUUCAUGUUUACUUUCUGCACAAAUUUUAAACUCGGUUGGCUUCUGGUGUUUAUAGUAACGACGCGCGUUACAAUGAUGUUUUUGUUAUAUUAAUCAUAUAUUUCAUUUAUUAACUGGCAUGCGGUGAUAUUUUACUCUGAUUAAAUUCAAGAUAACUUUCCGAUGAUGAACAAACUGACCAGGGAUGAAAUUUUUGUGCCGUUAUGAUCGUGCGGUUGUGUCAUUCUUUAUGCGUGACGAUAGCUAAUCCUCGUAGACUCAUGAGGUAAUGUGUCUGAUGAAUUUCAUUGCUCUGAUGUGAGAUAAUGCAAAUUUUAUUUCUUAAUUUGUUGACUUAUGUUUCGCGAACAUCAAAGCGAGACCAGAUGAUUCAGUUUAUUUUGUCACGCUUAUAUUUAUUUAUGUAUUUGUUACAUAAGCAAGCGUUUUAAGCGUCACGAUGUGCGGCCAUUGAGCCAAAUCGCUCGUAUGUCGUAACAACUGGAAAUUAUUCAAUUAGGCAAACAUUAAUUUGGAUAAUUGAGUGUUCAUGAUACACCUAUUAUUGAGAAUAGAUCUUACUAAAUGAC